AUGAGGAGGCGCGAUCAUGGCGGACGUGUUGAGUGUUCUUCGCCAACAGAGAACAUCCCUGUUGUAAGACGACCCGACAGAAAAGACUUGCUGUCCUAUCUCAAUGGAGAAAGCUCAUCAUCAACGAGUAUCGACAGAAGUGCGCCCAUUGAGAUUGGUUUACAAAGGCCGACGCAAGUUAAAAGGGCAGCAGACGAAGUGUCUUCAGAGGCAAAAAAGCCUCGGGUUGAGGAUGAAGAGCGUGUGCGUCUGGAUAAGGAGCGUCUGGCUGCUCGCCUCGAGGCUCAUAAGGAAAGCAUUGUGCAGACAGAUCAGAUCAGGUCUCUGUCAGAAGCCAUGUCUGUGGAGAAGAUUGCUGCUAUCAAGGCCAAAAUCAUGGCCAAGAAGCGUUCUACCAUCAAGACUGACCUGGACGAUGACAUCACCCAGAAACAGAGAAGCUUCGUGGAUGCUGAGGUGGACGUGACCAGAGACAUUGUGAGCCGAGAAACGGAGGGUUUCAAAAUCGACACUAUGGGAACUUACCAUGGCAUGACACUGAAGUCUGUGACGGAAGGUGCAUCUGCUAGAAAGGCCCAAACACCAGCUCUGCAGCCUGUUCCCAGACCAGUAUCUCAAGCAAGACCCCCGCCUAACCAAAAGAAAGGUUCUAGAACUCCAAUUGUCAUCAUCCCUGCAGCUACAACAUCUUUAAUCACAAUGCUCAACGCUAAGGAUCUCUUACAGGACCUCAAGUUUGUCACGUCAGAGGAUAAGAAGAAGCAGGGCAUUCAGAGGGACAACGAGGUUCUGCUGCAGAGACGUAAAGAUCAGGUUCAGCCAGGCGGUGCCACAAUCAGCGUCACAGUACCCUACAGAGUGAUCGACCAGCCGCUCAAACUCGCCCCACAGGACUGGGAUCGUGUAGUGGCCGUGUUUGUCCAGGGUCCUGCCUGGCAGUUCAAGGGCUGGCCGUGGCUGCUGCCUGAUGGAUCCCCCGUGGAUAUAUUUGCCAAAAUCCGAGCCUUUCACCUGAAGUACGAUGAGGCACGGAUGGACCCAAAUGUACAGAAGUGGGACGUGACUGUGCUGGAGCUGAGCCACCACAAACGACACCUGGACCGGCCUGUCUUCCUCCGCUUCUGGGAAACACUGGACAGAUACAUGGUCAAACACAAGUCCCAUCUGAGGUUCUGAGACCACUGACCAUCCACCGGUCAGCAUAUCGAGACCGUCAAGAUCUUCCCUCCCUCCAGAGACCUGUCAAAAUGGACUACUAGACACCUGAUCCUCUCAGCCUUCCUGAAAGCACUUUGGUAUUCAGUCUGCUUCACCUUCUGCUGACACCAGUAUGAUUUGUUGUCUCUUCCUCCACCCGUAGAUGAGCAGGUCAGGGCGGGCGAGAGGAAAUUUGGAUCUUUGGGUUGGUCCUUGUCAUGUUUUCUCAGUAGAUAUGUAUUUUUCAAUUGUAAAGCAGUUGGUGAUCAAGGCAGAUUCAAAAGGAGAUAUUUGAUAAAUAUCAUGUUUUUUUGGUAAAACUUGAGAAAGCCAUUGAAAAUGGUGACUUGUUGAUAUGAAUAAAAUGACUGCUAUGUCUAAAUCUCGUUAUGAUAGAUUCACUUUGUUCCUUUCUUUCUUUUUUGGCUUUUUCUGCCUUCUGUUCUAUGAAGUGUAGAGUAGUGCAUUGACGUUUACUGCACAAAUGCGAAUGGUAAAUGUAAGUAAGAUUAGAGGAAGGCCUUGUGUGGUUUAGGAUGUGAUGUCUUUGUUCAAAACCAGCAGGCAUAUGAAUGACAAGAAUUCUAUGGUUAUAUAAAAUCUGUACUUAAGAUUGUUCAUGGUGAAUUUGCUCUCUAAUUCUGCAGUAUAUUGGAGAUUUUGUUCAAGUUUUACCCAGAAACCCAAGUACUGCUUGCAUCUAGUAACUAUUUUUGAAAUGGAAAUUGCAGUUGCUUCCAUAAGGCAAAGUCCGUUAUCUACAAGGGUACUUUUUUUUUUUUUUUUUUUUUUUGGAUGGUUGGUUUUU